GACUGGAAGACAUUUGGUCUUGACUUUUCUACAUCCAGUGAUGAAGCCUGUAAGAUGUUUGAUGCCUGCCUUACUCAGAUGGUGAACAGAUAUGAUGAUGAAAGUGUGGGCGGGACUGAGGGAUGUAUGAAGAACAUGUUUCAAGCAGACCCCAACUUUUUAAUUGGUCAUGCCCUCAAGCUGGGAGCCACAUUUCAGUUUGUCCACAAAGAUUACGCGCACGCACAGGAAGUCUACAAGCUGGCCGAGAUGGCAAAGCAGCCACACGUGAAACCAUGGGAACAAAAACAUGCGCAGGCUGUGGUUUACUUGUCUGAAGGAAAACUGGACAAAGCCUCGGAUGUAUGGGAGGACAUUCUUGUAGAGAAUCCAAUGGACAUGAUGUCAUUAAAGUUCCUCCAUGAUAUAUAUGUUGUCAAUGGUGGAUCACAGGGAUUAAGGGACAGCUGCGCAAGAGUGUUACCGUACUGGAAGCCCGACACACCGUUCUAUGGUGACCUUCUAGGGAUGUAUGCCUUUGGUUUGGAAGAAUCAAACAUGUAUGCUAAAGCUGAAAAGACUGCAAAACAGGCGUUAGACAUCAAUCGUUACGAUGCGUGGGCAGCACAUUGUGUGGCACAUUGUAAGGAGAUGACUGGGGAGUACGGAGAAGGAAUUAAGUUUAUGGAGGAAACAGAAAAAAACUGGAACGACAAUGGGUUAUUAUGUCACAAUUAUUGGCACUGGGCACUCUAUCAUUUUGAGAAUGGUGACUUUGAAACUUGUAUGAGUAUUCUUGACAAUCAUGUUUUGCCUUUUAUGAAAUCCAAGAAGACGAUGUUCAGUGUGACAGAUGUGGCCUCAUUGUGCUUUAGAUUAGAAGCAGAAGGUUUUGACAUGCAAUCGAGGUGGUCUGAGUGUUUUGACGUGGCUAAAGAUCACAUUGAAGACAACAUUUGGUCAUACUAUGACCUCAACACAAUGAUGGUGUGCCUCGGGUCAAAACAUAAGGACGAGGCUGACCGUCUGGUAGCCAGCAUUAAAGCAACAAUAAAGGAAGGUAAAGGUGAUAAUGCCCAGGUUUACUCAGAAGUCACUCUACCUCUAAUGGAGGCACUAAAUGCCUACGAUGAUGGGGAAUAUGAUACUGCUGUUGAAAUCCUGAAACCUCUGAAAUAUCACAUCUGGAAAAAUGGAGGCAGUCAUGCUCAGAGAGAUGUGUUCAAUAUUUUCGCUAUCCAUGCUGCAAUGAAGUCAAAACUUCCAGAAAACCAAAGAUAUGCCAAUCAUUUACUGAUGGAAAGAAAAAGUCAGAAGGAAUCCACACCAUUGGCGGACAGACUGUUACAGAAAUUAGUCAUUAGUCAUUGAAACUUUUUGUUAAAACUUGACUAUUCUGAGGACAUUUUUGAUCCAAAAA